GAUAGGAUGUUGAUUUUAUUAGCUGUGGUAGACCCGGAACGUGUGACGUUAUACGUAAAUUGUGGACGCACGCAGAGGAGUUUGGAUGUUAGCAUUAUCUAGGAAUCAUUCGCCCACUGGAGUGUACUAUCUCAUUAACCCCGAAACCAGCCGGAGAAACGCUCGUCGUAUUACGACAUGAGAUUGACAACUGCGGUACGUUUCACACGGUUUACGGGCGAGUGAACUCGUCGGAGCUUUCUUUUCGUUUGUUUGUUGUCGGGGCAGUGGCUAGAGAGAAAGCGAGAGAUAGAGAGGUUCGGGUCAUGGGAUAGUGGUGGCCAGACGUACGUUUUUGGAUUGCACACCUACAGUUUUGUUUUCGUUAUCUUCGCGUGAUAUUUCCGACGAUCAGGUUUGUAAUAUAGGGAUUGGUGACACGCCGUACCUGCUCAACCUACUUCACCUUUGUGUUCCGGUAGAAACAUUUAAAACAGCGGUGGACCUAACUUCCGUAGGCUACCUUUUGUUGUGGGUUUUUGUUUCCCCAUUUGUGAACCAGCCAGCCAGUCGAAGAGAACAGAAGGAAAACCGAACGGAUAUAACAUUCCAUUGCAGAUGUUCAUUACAUAAUUAUUUAUAUUUCAAAUAUGUAUCAUUACAAAAACACCUUGCGCGUGGAUUUAUUUACUUUAAGCAGAACAUAAGACUUGCCCGUGUUGUAUUACUUGUAUUACGAUAGUGGAUAAUUGUUGUGUUGGUACCCCGUGUGUGUGAUGGACACUGUGUUGUAACCCUGUGUGUUGUUUGCAUCAAGGAAAAACGAAGAAAGAAAACAAAAGGUAAAGAAACCUGCCAUGGCGGAGUCUAGGGAGGGGUUUUACUCCCCCGUGUGAAACUGACAUGGGGGCGGGCGCUUCCAUACAGAUAGUCAUGGUGGGUUUGGACAUGACGGGAAAGACAACCAUCUUGUAUCGACUCAAGUUCAACCAGUAUCUUAACGCCGAGUCCACGGUCGGCUUCAACUGUGAAAAAAUCGAAGGUUCCGAGGGCAGCACGAAAGGGGUGACGUUCACGAUUUGGGACCUGGGGGGUCGGGAUAACAUGCGCCCCCUGUGGAAGCCCUAUCUGCGCUCGGCCCAGGGAAUCCUGUUCGUGGUGGACAGUAGCGACACAGAGAGAAUGGACGAGGCGAAGUGUGAACUUAACAAAUUUGUCAAGUCGCAGAAUUCUCAAGGCUUGCCCUGUUUGGUGAUAGCAAACAAACAAGACCUGCCCGAGGCUAUGGACGUGGCGGAAAUUGAAAAAAUGUUGGGCAUAAGUGAUUUGUCACGGUCGGGUCCGGUGAGACUGGCCCCUGCGUGUGCCGUGACGGGGGAGGGGUUACAUGAGGCGAUGGACAUCAUGUUUGACAUGGUCAAAAAAUGGAAGAAAGGGAAAUCCGGGCGAAUAGCCAGGUGAUGGUGUGUAUCUUCGUAUCUGGAUUGUGAUAAACCUUCAUAUCUGGAAUAUUUCAUGUGGAUUGUGUACAUUUCAUAUGUGGAUUGUGCAGUACAUUUAUCUGGAAUAUAUUUACAUUUCAUAUCUGGAUUAUGUACAUUUCAUAUCUGGAAUAUAUUUACAUUUCACAUCUGGAUUAUGUACAUGUCACAUCUGAGUUGUGUACAUUUCAUAAUAUGUCAAUUUCAUAACUGGAUUGUAUACAUUUCUGUCUAGCUGAAAUAUGACCGUGAACGUUGUGUAUACUCUGGUGGUAUGUCAAGUCAACGAUACCCUGUCUAAUCAACGAAGUGUGGUCCAUGCAUCUCUACAGAUGCAUUGCUGAUUUACAGUAUUGAUAAAACAAAAUGGCGUUCAAAUUACCAGUCAUGCAUAAAUGUGGUCGUUAUAGACCAAUCUGUAGUGUUCCGUACCUAGCCUAAAGUAUUGAUUGAGAGAGAGAGAGAGAGAGAGAGAGAGAGAGGAGAGGGGGGGGGGGGAGGCAAACAGAGAGAAUGAUGUACGAAUCAGUCACUGUCACAGUAACAUAGGCUUUGAAACA